UAAACUUGAACAGUGCACAAGGGUUAAUGAGUGUUUACAGUCUGAGGCUCACCCUUAUUAUCAGAGCUGCUGAAAUCCUCUUUAUUUCAUGUCAGUAGUUCCUGUUUUCCUCUCAUUAACUAAACUGAUGUCCUGAGAGCUACAAUUUUGCCACAUUAGGUUAAUUUUGCUGGUGUCAGCUGACUUGAGCAAAUUAAAUAAUCACAUAAUGUCACCUACAAGAUCCAAUUAAUUUCCUCAAUCAGUGUAGAUGAAUCACAUUUCUCUGUUUGUUCUCCUGAAGCUCUGCCGCCAUCAGUGAAAGACAAAGACAGAGUUUAUUGAAGGACAGUGAGAAGAUGAGUGAUCCAGAACCCUGCAGAAUUAAACAGGAAGAGACUGAAGAACUAAUAGGUGUGCGUGUGAAGGAGGAGAGUGAAGAACUGAGUGAGGAUGAGGAGAAACAUCAAAUCAAAAGUGAAACUGAAACUCACACAAACGGUGAACAGAGUGUUCCGGUGAACCAAACAGCCGUGAAAAAAUUCACCUGCACUCAGUGUGGAAAGAGCUUUGGCUACAAAACCACUUACCAGCAUCACUUGAAGAUCCACACUGGAGAGAAGCCGUACGAGUGUUCAUACUGCGACAUGAGAUUCAUACGGCCUUCAGAUCUGAAAACCCAUGAGCGGACUCACACCGGAGAGAAACCGUAUCAGUGCACUUUUUGCGGGAAGAGAUUCUCACGAUUGUAUUCUCUACAAUUACACCUUCAAAAAAAGAAAAUGCUGGUGAAGGAGAGUGAACCCAUGAAGGUCCACGAUAGUGUCGAGCCAAAGAAGUCAUUUUCAUGCUUCGUGUGUGGAAAAACGUUUGCGUAUCAACAAAACUUACUAAAACACGAGACCACUCACAACGGAGAGCAAGAGUGCUCGCACUGCAACAAGACAUUUAGUACGUUAAGUGGCCUGAAAAGUCACGAGAAGAUCCACACUGGUGAAAAGAAGCAUGUGUGCUCGCAGUGCGGGAAGAGUUUCACUAGAGCUACACACUUGGAGCAGCACAUGAGGAUCCACACCGGGGAGAAACCGUACAAGUGCUCACACUGCGACAAGAGAUUCAAUCAUUCAGGGCAUCAGAGAACACACGAGAAGACUCACUCUAAAAAAGGAGAGGUCGUCGCCCCGUAAUAAACACAUGAAGAUCCACACGGGAGAGAAACAUUUUUGAGUGCUCCAGAUCUGAAGAGCCAUCUGAGAGUGUGAAAUUUGGUUGGACGGUGCUACAAGGGGAAAACGGAGACAUCUGAAAACGAAGGCGGGGCCUGCCGACAUUCGCCUCUCUGAUUGGGUCUUUUCCCUCAAUAUUAAGUUAGCUACACACAGUUCAGUCCUCCAUCCUCUCCGUAUAAGUUCAGACUUCGCAAGUUUGAUGUGGAAAACAGACUCGCGAGUGUACUUUAUAACGUCAUUCACAUCACCCUGGCUAUGC